AAAAAAAAAAGUUAUCAUUCAUUUUACGUAAAUAUUUCGAGCUAAAGUUAUGCAACUGUUUUCCAUACAUUUUACCAUGUUUCAAAGUGCAUGCAUGCGGCUAUUUUAUAUAAUAAUUACCUUGAAUCCUCAAUCGAAUCACUCUUUAGACACUCCUGCAUGCAGUGAAACCUUCGUCUUUUUUCCACCUAAAUCUGGGGUUUGAACGCUGGGUGUGUUUAUCGCAGUGAAAGCCAAAUGAUGGCUCGGUCGGCCCCCAACGGGAAGGCGUGGCGCAAUGUUUAUGGGAGCUGUCUUGUCAACUGAUUGGGAAGUCUAUGGCCUCACAUAUUUCAAGUCAGAGAUAAUCAGUUAUUAGAAUGAGAGGAUGAUUACUCGAAGUGAACAAAAGUAAUAUCUGAACCUUACUGUUUAUUUUGUCAAUUUACUCACACUUAAUUACCUCAAUUAAGCCUAUUAGUUUUUCUCAGUUUGAUUCUGAACGGAAUACAACAUCAGUUCUGAGAUGUGGUUCGAACAUGCAGGCUGACUUGCAAAAUUAUCUGUGAAAGGUACUUUUCUCUUGCUGGUCAUAUUCUACAUAAAAAGAGCUUUUUUAUAAUUUGUCUUAGUGAAUGGCUAAAUGCAGAGGAGUAAAAAAAUAAUUGUGUUAGAGCAACUGGUUUCGUUGCAAUAAAAGAAAAAAUAUUUCUGCUUUUACUUUAGAAAUUGUUGUGAAAUAGUAAUUGUGUUGCCCUUUAAAAAAACAUCACAAGAACUGUACAUCUAAAAUAAAAAUACGGUAGAUAAUACUUGUAGAUUUACAAUUUGAUUUUUGUGUAUAGCAAUGCAUUUGAUUGUAUUUAAUUAGAACAAUUCGCAUGAUUAAUUCCGACUGAAAAUUUUAAUCCAUGCUGAGCCCUAAUAUUUUUGUUUUAGCAUUUUUGCCAAGUGAUGCAGUUUUUUUUUUUCCCCAAACAAUUAUGCAUAUAACCAAUUCUUUAAAAAAUAGACUGUAUAUAUACUAGACAGUGUAACAAUCCAUUGUCCUCUACAUAAUGUCAUAAUAAAUCCAUCGAAAGCCUUAGAAUCGAGUCGUGGCAGACUCUGGGUAGGAUCUAGGCAUGUGCCGGUAUGAGAUUUUGACGGUAUGAUAACCUUAAGCAAAAAUACCACGGUUUCACGGUAUCACAAUUAUAGCUCUAACAUGUGUUAUUUUGAGAUGUAUGGGUUAAAAAAAAAAAAAAAAAAUACAAUUUUCAAUUGAACAGGAUUUUUCACAACAUGCUUGCAAAUUGGCAGAUGUUUAUGGUGGAAGACUUUACAAAAGUAGGCUAAUGGUAGAGAGCAAACUAGUUAGCCGUCUUGGCGUGGUAACUAGCCUCGUUAACAAGCUUACAUUAUAUGGUUUGUUUUACCAUCGCUAGACAUGCUAAACCAGCUUGAGUGAACUCUCGUAGCUGGUUGGAAACGUUCAUGACAGCGUUUACUUAUCUUAAACUGUGUGUAAAGUGACAGAAGAUGGUCACGUAAAUGUGAAAUCAUGUUGAAGGUGUUGUCUGCACGUCGGCUGUCCCUUCUUCUCUAAGCCGCGGCCGUCUGUUUUUGGUAGCCAAAGUACUCCCUUACUAGCAACUUUAUUUUUUGAGGGGGAGGGGCGCAGGUGUAGUUUCAACACCUUCAGCCAUUAUCUCUAUUCUACAACACAGCGACAGACACAGGACAGCAACAACUGGAAGGGGAUGGGUGAGCAUUGCUGCUCCAAGCCACGGAUUUCUCGCUACAUUUUUGGGACCUCAAAAAUGGCUAAUACCUUAACUACGGUAUGACGGAAAAUUUGUGGUUUUGAAACUGUGAUGUUUUCAUACCACGAUAAACCUUGAAACCAGUAAUCGGCACAUGCCUAGUAGGAACCCCUUGGUAUCUCACGAUACGAUACGAUACAAAGCUCACGAUAAUGAUGAUCUCUCAAUAUGGCGAUACAACGAUUAUCGAUAUAUUGGUUAGGAAAUCAUUCUAAUCGUUCUACAAAACAACUAUUAAUCAGAAAACAAGCUAUCUUCAUCCCUCUGCUGUGAGUUUAUCACUAGUAUACACCCAAUCCAUUUAACCUGAAAGGGUGGCAGCGAAUGAACCCCUCCGACUUUAAACGGGCCCCUCCCACUUCUAUGGCAAUUAGUGGCAGCCAAUGCCAGGCAACGAGUUAAUUUUGGGCCAUUUCAGCCUUUUCAUUUUGGGGCAUUUUAUUGGUUGCUUCCUGUUGAUUUUGGGUUACAGAACAGGAAGUGACCCAGGAAUCUUUCAAAUGAAUAGGCAGUGACUCAAACUCAACAGGAAGUGACCUAAAAAUGGCCUAAAAUGAACAGAAAGUGACCUGUAAAUGCCCUGAAGUCGGUAAGAGUGGCUGUGAAUUCCUUCAUUUGCCCCGCUAGGUCUUAAUGGAUUGGGCGUUGAGCAACGUCAAUAGCAGCCAUAGUUAUCUGAGACACUAUUACGGUGAAAGAUUUUGGUAGCAACUUGUUUGUUUUUUUAACAUUAACACCAUUUUUAAAACAAUAUCUCGAUUCUUGAUAUUUGCGUAUGUAUAGCCUUUUGAGAUGCAAAGUAUCACGAUAUAUCACCAUUUUGAUAAUUUGUCACACCCAUACAGAAGACUGUGUAAUCUUGGAAAAUAUCGCGUUGUUUUCCGAACAAUUGAUAUCGUAUCAUCGUUGAACUGGUGAUUUACACACCUAGAAAAUAAACACUACAAUAGCUGUAGCCCUAAUUUCUUGUAGAACUUGGUUGACUUUAUGUUUGACUGCUUUGUUUGUGCCAAUUCCCAUUGUGACUUGACAAGACGUUUCCAGUUGGCUACCACCUUGGAGUCAUGUUCGCAAAGACAACACACUGACAUGCUUGCUACUUUUGGAUUCACCAUCAUAGCUUUUCCAGAGCUUGACGUGUUCCAGGGCGGCGUUCCCGUCACGAGAAAGCACAAGAUAACAACGGCGUCCAGGCUGGCGGAUAAAUUAUUAGCCCAUUAGUCACCACGGAGAGAAAGAGGUGGAUGAACAAGGCAUCCAUCAAAGGUUUUUUUGUGUGUGUGUGCGUUUCCCCGUCGAGAUAGGCCGCCCUUAACUGGGGCCGGGAAUCUUGUAAAGGCUCUCCCACUGAUGUAGGAGCUCGAGGUCGAGGUCACGGGAGCAGAGUUGGAGCCAUCGCGGCGCUGUUUUGCUAGCAAUGAAACACACAAUUUGGUGUACAGGGUCGGGAUUGUUCACUUGAUUUAUAGACGUUCAAUUUAUUUGGACAGAGAGAGAUGGCGGGGAAUGAUGAUCAUGUUUCAGUACCAUCGAUGCAGAUAGACGUCCAAUUUAUUUUAUUGUUGAUGUUGUACGUACCGCUACAUGGUUGCUGAGUGUAACCGCAUCAAUGUAUGACCACUUCUUCAACAAAGAUGUUCCAAAAAAAAAAAGUCCUUUUUAAAAAAAGAUAUGUGGAAAAAGGUAUGAUUGUUUUCUCAGUCAAACAAAAAGUUGUUUUUCAAAAAAUAAGAUCAUUUUCCCCCUUGUUUAAAUAUAGAAAAGUCCUUGAAAAAAUAAAUAUUGAUACUUUAAAAUGUUUUCUCACGAGCCAGAAAAAAAGCUUGUUUACCAUAAGUACACUUAUUUUUCCCCUUCAUUUUUAUGAGGAAAAAAUUUGUGAAAAUAGAAAUACAAUAGCAGUACACAAGUGCAGAGCGGCUAGUGUUAGUGAAACAUUUCUACCAGGGCUUACUCGUUUUUACGUAUUGCCAGCUUGUUUUAACGUAUUGACAACUUGUUUGAACCUUUUACUAACCUUGUUUUAGCGUAUUGCUAACCUCGUUUUAACGUAUUUAUAUCUCCUUUUAACUUAUUGAUCAUCUCGUUUUAACGUAUUGGCAAACUGGUUUCAACGUAUUGGCAAACCUGUUUCAACAACUACAGUGAUCCCUUUUUUUUUUUUUUUUUUUUUUUUGCGGUUAAUGGGGACCAGAACCUGCCACGAUAAGUGAACAACCGCGAAGUAGCACCCCCUCUCAAAUAAAAUAAAUAAAUAAAUGAAUAAAAGAAUUUGUUGUUGUUGUUGUGUUCAAUGUAUUUUUUCCCCAAAGUAUUUUUUUUCCCCCAAAUUAAAAAAACCCCAAACAUUUUAUAUAUAUAUUUAUAUAUAUAAAAUAUAUAUUUAUAUAUACUGUUUUAAUAAAUGGUUUUUAAGCACUUCAAAUGUAAUAACUAUGAUAAGUUUUAAACAUGUUACGGUCCCACCGAAUUUUUUUUUUAAACAAAAAGAAAGCAGAAAAAUGCUUGGCUUUAUUAAAUGCUUCAUUGUCCAGUGUCCACUCAAUCUGCUCACUUAUACACAAUGAGUUGCCACAGCAAGUUUAACAAGUUAAACGAUGAUUGACGUAUGCGGCGCUUUGAAGUUUGCUUCUCUGGCAAGAUCAAACAUUAAACGUCUGUCAAUCAUCGUUAAAUUUAAUAAGCAACUCCAGUGCACUGCCUGACAAACAAAGAGCAGGGAGAGGGAAGGCGGGAGGGAGAGAGACUACGCGUUCGGCUUGGGACAGCUCAUCUGUAUUUAUUUAUUUUUUUUAAUUGAAAAAAAAAAAAAACGGGAUGGAUUAAGGCUAAAUGCUAAAAACUUUACCUUUUCCCAUAGUUCCGCAGGGUUUGGGCAUGCGCAGUUGUACUCAGUUCCGGAAGUGCCUCUCCGUCAUGUUGUCAUAAGACUGCUGCAUUCAAGGAAGGUAGGAAGUCAGAGUUUUCCAACCUAUGACCAGGAAAAAUAUAAUUGGAAUGCCACUCGAUCUGAGAGAUGGUUUAAAAAAAUAAAUAAAUAAAAAAUAAAAAAUACCCCGACUUCCCGAGUUGCUUCAAUCUGACGUCACACGACAAAAUGGCGCUCAAGACAACAUAGUGAUGACAAAAUCUCAGCCAUAAUUUUUUUCUCCACUAUUUGAUUGCUUACGAUAGGGAAGGUUUCCCAGAGGUCAAAAUAUCUUUUAAUGGCCAAAAUAAAAAGCAACUUGUCGCAAUCAACCAUCUUUGUUGUUAAUGUUAACAUUUGUCUGGAACGCUUUGAGGUCGCAACUGGUAACAUCAGAAUGGGAUAAGUACAACUUCCCACCUUCCUCGAAUGCAGCAUUUUUCCUGCCCCUGCUAACAGCGUUAGCCAAAACCCUGAGGAACUAUGGGGAAAGGUUACGUUUUUAGCAUUUAGCUUUCGCAACUAACUAGUCGUUGAAACGAGUUUGCCAAUAUUUUGAAACUAGGUUGGCACUACGGUAAAACGAGGUUAGCAAUACGUUAAAAUGAGGUUAGCAAUAGGUUGAAACGAGUUGUCAAUACGUUAAAAAAUAUUUCGUAACACUGGGAGCUCUUUGCUUCAUUUUUCUAAAAACAAAAAAAAAUUUUUAAAGAUUUUUUUUUCCUGCAAAUGUCUAAGAUUUUAUUUUUUUAAAGUAAACAAUUGUUUUUCAUAUGUAGAAAAAGGGGGGGAAAGUAAACAUGCCAUUUAAAAAAAUUACUGUUACAAAAAAAUUAAAUUCUUCUAAAAGUCAAUUUUAUUUUAAGAAAAAAGUUGUAUUUUUUUUUAAAUACAGCCAUAACCUAAAAAGCAAAAAAAGUCAUAUCAGUAAAAUGACAGCAUCAUUUAUAAACGUUAGCAAUGCUAGCACCUUGAUUUCAUUACUUAGAGUCAAUUUUUCUCUCUCCAAUCUCUUCAGUUCAGUCAAAUAUACACACACGUCUCCUUCCGGAACAAAGACGACACGGAAAAGAGAAUUGAGAGCCAAGUUGGACUCGGUCUGUCUUUGAUGCAUUAUUGUAUUACUCCGAUAUCCCUUUGACAUUCUAUCCACGGAUAACGCGUCAAUUUCCCGCUGGCGGCGAAUGGGGCCCCAAAUGCGCCUCGGAGAGCCAGCGAAUUAAUCAAUGGUCUGAGGGUAAUACGCUUUGAGAACACUUGGCAUUGAGGCGCUAUUGGCUACAGGAGCAGUCUACCGCUGUGCUCUUUUCCUUUGAAUUACGAGCGCAUUAACAAGCCUGCUGUCUGGUUAACGUUGCUGUAAUAAUGCCCAGCUCUUUGUCGUUCAAGGCCAUCGCUUUGCUCUCAAUUAAGUGGCCACGUUCUCCUCAAUGAAUGUGAUGAAAACCUGCUGAUUGUUUAAUGGCUGGCAGGUAGAGCGCCAGGAGGCCAACGAGGGACAAUCAACAUGAACUCCAUUCCGUCCAUGGACAGACACAUACAGCAGACCAAUGACCGGCUGCAGUGUAUCAAACAGCACUUACAAAAUCCUGCCAAUUUCCAAACGGCGGCGACCGAGCUGUUGGACUGGUGCGGCGACCCCCGAGCCUUCCAGCGCCCCUUCGAGCAAAGCCUGAUGGGAUGUCUAACGGUGGUUAGCCGCGUCGCGGCACAACAAGGCUUCGACUUGGACCUCGGCUACAGACUGCUAGCCGUGUGCGCUGCCAACCGCGACAAGUUCACGCCUAAGUCUGCAGCUCUUCUGUCCUCGUGGUGCGAAGAACUGGGACGACUCCUGCUGCUGCGUCACCAGAAGAACAGACAGAACGAGCCCCCAGGAAAAGUGCCCAUGCAGCCCCCCAUGAGCUCCAUGAAGCCGGGUCUCUCGCACGGAGAUGGGUCUUUUCCCUACGACUCGGUUCCCUGGCAACAGAACACCAAUCAGCCUCCAGGUUCUCUGUCGGUGGUGACCACCGUCUGGGGUGUUACCAACACCUCGCAGAGCCAGGUUUUGGGGAAUCCCAUGACCAACAACAAUAAUCCCAUGAACCCCGGUGGCACCCCGAUGGCUUCGGGAAUGUCUGGUAGCAAUCCCGGUAUGAACCCUUCUCAGUUCAGCAAUCCUCAGCAGCAGUUCAACAGCAAAGGCAAUGCCAAUCAGGCCUAUAUGCAGCAGGGUAUGUACGGAAGACCCAACUACCCAGGCGGAGGGGGCUUUGGUGGCAGCUAUCCCGGGGGACCAAACCCUGGCCCUGGAGGCAUGGGCAUGCCUCCCCACUCGCGGCCACCGUCAGACUUCACCCAGCCUGCAGCCGCCGCAGCAGCAGCAGCUGUUGCUGCCGCCGCGGCCACUGCAACCGCCACUGCUACUGCCACCGUAGCAGCUUUGCAGGAGACUCAAAACAAGGACAUGAAUCAAUACGGACCAAUGAGUUCCUCUUUCCAGAUGGGACCAAACCAAGGCUACAAUAGCCAGUUCAUGAACCAGCAUGGACCACGUGGACCCCCAUCCAUUCCUGGUAACAUGGGCUCAGGCAUGAAUGCAUCCAACAUGAGCGGCCCCCCAAUGGGGAUGAAUCAGACUCGGGGCCAAAGUAUGGGACCGUUUGGAGGUCAUGGCCAAAGGAUGCCCCAGCAAGGGUAUGCAGGACCCCGGCCUCAAGGCAUGCCCAUGCAGGGAAUGAAACGACCGUACCCAGGGGAGCCCAACUACGGGGGGCAGCAGUAUGGACCAAACCACCAGUUCCCCAACCAGCAAGGCCCGUACCCGACACCCAACACUUCUCGGCCGCUGCCAUCCAGUAACUACCCCGGGCAACGGAUGCCAGGACAGCAGCUACAGUCCCAAUAUCCGCCACCCAGCGGCCCCAUGGGCCAGUAUUAUAAACAAGAGCCACCUUUUAAUGGCCAAACCACCAACUUUUCGGGAAGUGGUUAUCAAUACAGCCAGGGUAAUAUAAAUGGGCCACCCAGACCAAUGGGCAAUUACCCCCACUCCCCAGUACCAGGCAAUCCAACGCCUCCAAUGACCCCAGGAAGCAACAUCCCUCCAUAUUUAUCACCCAAUCAAGACGUGAAGCCACCAUUUCCGCCUGACAUCAAACCAAAUAUUACAGCUCUUCCUCCACCACCUGGCAACCACAACGAGGAGCUGCGCCUCACCUUCCCAGUCCGAGAUGGGGUCGUCCUGGAGCCCUUCAGGUUAGAGCAUAACCUGGCAGUCAGCAAUCACGUCUUCCAUUUGCGGCCCUCAGUCCACCAGACCCUCAUGUGGAGGUCAGACCUGGAGCUACAGUUUAAGUGCUACCACCACGAGGACCGGCAGAUGAACACCAACUGGCCGGCGUCGGUGCAGGUCAGCGUGAACGCCACACCGCUCACCAUCGAGCGUGGUGACAACAAAACUUCCCACAAGCCCUUGCACUUGAAGCAUGUCUGCCAACCUGGCAGAAACACCAUCCAGAUCACCGUCACAGCCUGCUGCUGUUCGCAUUUGUUUGUGCUCCAGCUGGUCCACAGGCCGUCGGUCCGCUCUGUUCUUCAGGGUUUACUGAAGAAGAGGCUAUUACCGGCUGAGCACUGCAUCACCAAAGUCAAGAGAAACUUCAGCAGUGUGGCGUCGUCAUCGGGCAACGCUGCCCUCAACGGCGAGGACGGCGUGGAGCAGACGGCCAUCAAGGUCUCGCUUAAAUGUCCCAUCACCUUCCGGCGAAUACAGCUGCCAGCCAGAGGCCAUGACUGCAAGCAUGUUCAGUGUUUCGAUUUGGAAUCAUAUCUACAACUGAACUGCGAGCGAGGAACGUGGCGAUGUCCUGUAUGCAAUAAAACAGCGUUAUUAGAAGGGCUGGAAGUGGACCAGUACAUGUGGGGCAUCUUGAAUGCCAUUCAGAAUUCAGAGUUUGAGGAGGUGACGAUCGACCCGACGUGCAGUUGGCGGCCAGUGGCCAUCAAGUCAGAGAUCCACAUCAAGGAAGACCCAGACGCGCCUCUUGCCAAGCGCUUUAAGACCAUGAGCCCAAGCCAGAUGAUCAUGCCCAAUGUCACUGACAUGAUCGCCCAGCUGGGCCCCGGACCCUCGCCGUACCCCUCGCAGCAAGGCGUCAACAGUGGUGAAUAUGGCGGUCAAGGCAACAGUUACCACGGCAACUUUGAGUUUCCUCACGGGACCCCGGGUGCGACGUCAGUGACCGACUUCAUGCACGGACCCCAACUCUCGCACCCGCCCGACAUGCCCAACAACCUGAUGAGCGCGGACAAGCCGCUUUCCCACAGCAUGCCUGACUCGAUACCUCACUCUUCCGUCAACGAGCCCUCACACGGAACGUUGCAGCAGAGCAUACACGGCUCACCGCAUCCGGGUGGCCAAUCGGGGCACCAGCAGCAACAACAGCAGCUCCACCACACCGGCCCCCCGCCACCCUCGCGACAACCUCCGCCCCCUCCUCCUCAGCAACAACAACCUGGUCCGAACAGCCACCCGCACGGCGACCUGACAUUCAACACCUCCAGCAGUUUGGACAGCCAAGCCGGGUCGGACAUGCCAGAACCUUCUUUAGACCUUCUUCCAGAGCUGGCCAACCCGGACGAGCUUUUGUCCUACUUAGACCCCCCGGACCUCCCCAGCAAUAGCAACGACGACCUCCUGUCGCUCUUCGAAAACAACUGAAAACUUGACAAACACAACAAAGAUGCACUCCCCUUCUCUUCUUCCUCUUGUAUAGUUUCGCUUCAGAAAGGACGUUGACAAAACAACGACAUGUCGGAAGGUAAUUUUGGAACUGUGCAGCUAUCCAUUGUUUUGACUCCACAGGCAUCCACUUGUAGCAUUCAUCAUCUUUAGAAGAAACCAGUCUGUCAUUUCUGUCACGUAUCAUUUUAAAAGCACAAGAUCAUUUACUAUUUUUCUGUCGAAAUUCUGAAAGUGAACAGGGCUUCACUUUCAUAUUUCCAUAUUUUGCUAUGUUAGCCUUAUUUCAAAAUGUAAUUAAGUCUUGACAAAUAUAUUUAUAUUCAUUUCAUGUGUGCGUAAGUAUAAAGUGUUUUCCCACGUACGCUUCAGCUCAUUAUUGUUCACACGUAAUCCAUUUUAGACGGCGAAUGAUCGACGUCAGCCCUCCCAGUUCAAAUGUUUUUGACGUUAAUUAGUCAGUGGCAGCAAAAUCUUUAAAGGGAACCUCGGACUUAAACACUUGUAAUAAUAGACUAAUAAGCCACAAUUGUUCUCGUUUACCAAAUUAUUAGAAGCACAUAAAAUACUGCCAUUGAUUUAAAAAUCUAAAAUAUUGAGGACGCCAUGAUUUGAACAAGAUAUUAUCGCGUACUUACCUAUUUUCAAUCCAAAAACUCUGCGUAGCAUGUAUCUCCGAGUGUCAAGACACAGCUGUGAAUGGCCACAGCCGGAUUUUGGGGGGAUUUUAUGGAUCAAACAUGGUAAUAUAACAAGGGGCGAGAUGCAUAAAUGUCGUUUUCAUAUAUUUACCCUUUUAAAGCCCCCCCUCCCAAUUUGUCUUUGCUUGGAUCGAUUAAUCAUCAUCUAAAAUAUUGGGGAAAAUGCGACAGUAACAAAAAAAAUACAAUUAAGUCAAUUAGGACUUAUUUACAGACACUAUUUUUUUUCACUGUGACGUAAAAUGUGAGUGAAUAAUUUUUUAGGUUUUUUUUUUUUUCUUUUAACUAAGUAUUACACAUCAAUUAAUGAUUCUAAGCCAAAAAUAACAGACAUUUUGAAUAAUAAAUAUAAUUACUUACCUUCUUUUAUAUGGCUUGGUUGAAACAAAAGCUGUAAACGGGGGUCUCCAGGGUAAAACGGACAAAUUAAAAAUAGUGUGGGGGCUUAAUGCAUCAUGAAUCUGCUAUGGCAGCAUAUAGACAAAUUGUUUUAUCAAACACAACAGUUCUUUUGGCUUACAAUCCAGUAGUUUAUUUUAAAGAGGGCUGCAAGAGCAGAAACUGCUUUUUCAGCCUUGUCUAUGUUUUCCACCAUAUAAAUAUAUAAACAUGCAAUUUUUUUUUACCCUGCCUAUUAAAAAAAUUGGAAUCGAGAAUCGUUUGGAACCAGAAUCGCAACCUGGAAUCGGAACCUGAACUGUUCAAAUUCAAAUUAUGCCCAACCCUAAUUACUAUGUUUAGGUAUUUUCUUUAGGCAUCUUUAGUAUGUUGUGUCUGUAUGCAACUAGACAAAACAAGCUGAACGCGCACGUACUUGGGGUGUCAAAUUCACCUCCUGUAGCACGUUUCGCCGGUGUAUAGCACAUUUUGGCAGAACUUUUUUUUUUUUUUUCCUCGUCUCAUCCCGUCUUUCCUGUUCAGUUUGCUUUUGCUGCUCGUUUUAUCGACAUUGCUGUCAUGCUAAUUAAUGUUCCUCUUGGGUUCAAAUUGAAAGGGUUGAACCGAUGACAUGUUUACGUUGCUAGAGUCAUACUCUGGAAGCCCGGCAGCGUAACCAUGUGACAUCACCGCCCUGCGACCUCUACGACAAUGGCGAACUACUAGUCAAACUAAUUUUACAAAUUGUAUAAAAACGAAAACAUCAAGAGGGGUUUCAAUAUCAAAUUAUUUGAACUCAUAAUAACAUUUAUCUUUUAAGAACUACAAGUCUUUCUAUCCGUGGAUCCCUUUAAAAGCAAAUUCCUUCACCAUAGUCGAUCAUAUCAUUUUGAAUGACGUGCAAAGUGUGCCAAGCUAAUAGGUUCCAUAUAUAUUUGUUGAAUUUGUCAGAACACUAACCUUGAAGGGACAUUGCUGAAAUCGUUCAGUGAAUGGAUUUACUGGAUUUUUUUUGUUUAUCGUUGCUGCCUAGUUUAAGCAUAGUCAUUUUUGGGAAACUGCUCACCAAAGUCGGAAGGGCGAGAAUGUGCGUGUGCGAGUGUGUGUGCGUUCAAAGGCAUAGUGGAUUCAAAAACGCAGUAUUUGUGCCACAUUUGCUCGCCUGCAUCUGUUUGAAGCAGAAGAGUGCUGUCAAGUAUGCAAAUGUAUUAUUUUCUAAGAAAUGCUAUUGUGAUUGUAAAUAUCAUUGUGAAUAUUUUUCUAUAGUGUCGAUGAAGAAACAGGAAAAAAAAAAAAAUUUGCUUUGUCCGUUGUGCUAAUCCUCCUCACGUUAACCACCCACAAUUGGCCGCCCGAAAUGUUUUAAGUUAUUUUAUGUCUGUCUGAUCAUACAGCAAUAUUUUUAAAACACCGAAGCCUAUCAGAGAUAAUUAACCUUUUGUUGAUGUCGUUGCUGGUGUUUGGUGUAAUCAUAAUUAUCAACACGGUGGUAUACUUCAGAUAUAUCAAGCGUAUAUCUUUUUAAAACUUUGUCCUUUAACAUUUUUUGUGGUAAUUUAUUUUAUUACUUUCUUUGUAUUCAUCUAUAAAAGGCUAGAAAACAGCUCUCACUGUAGCCGGUUUUAAAUUAUUUUUAGCACAUUUAUGCCUCGAUAACACGCAACCACGUCACACUGUUUUUUUGUAUUUUAUUAUUCCGUAAGGCUAGAAAUCUCUUUCUCACUGAAGCCUGAUUUUUUUCGCUAUUCAUUUUGCCCUUUUUGUCAUUUAUUUUUGUACUUUUCACACGUUUUGAAUGUGCUUGCUGGCUUUCAAUGUAACGUGAGUAUCGUUGUUGUCAAUACGGUGGUAUUUGAAAGAAAAUCACAGUAUUUCACAAAUUGUUACUCUCAACAACAACAAAAAAAAAAACUAGAUUUCACUCCCUCAUAAUUUCUUUGUUUUGUUUUGUUGUUUUGUUUGUUUUGUUUUUUAAAUCAAGAGAGCAAGUGUCUUUCACCGCCUCACUUAUCGUAAUUUUCGGACUAUAAGACGCUACUUUUUUCCCCUCAAUUUGAAUCCUGCGGCUUGUACGUAGUCCUGUGCGGCUUAUUUGUUGAUUUACUUGGGUUAAUAGGUAACACUUUAUUUGACAGCGGUGUUAUAAGACUCCCGUAAGACCGUCAUAAUUGUGACAUGACACUAUCGUGACUAGGGCUGCAGCUAUCGAAUAUUUUAGUAAUCGAGUAUUUGACUGAAAGUUCUAUCGAUUAAUCGGGUAACUUUUUUUUUUUUAGGUGAAGAGCAAUUUUAAAUAUACACGAGAUUAAAAAUACAUGAGAAAACAAGACAUUUCACCAAAUAUUGAACCAUUUUCAGACAAUCAAUGUCUUUACUUUUGAUGUCAAGUUGAAAAAAAGCCAAUAAUUGCAUCUGAUGUGACAAGAAAAAAAAUUCACUUUCACUCAGAAAACUUCUAGAUCUUAACAAAAAAAUAUAUAUAUAUAUUUCUUACCUAAAAAUGUCAUUACGCUUGAUAACAGACAUCAUUUAAAAGUUAGGUGUUUUCCCCACGUGUUUCAAUUGAAUUCCAUUUGUGUCAAGCUAUUUUUAAGUUCUAUUUAAGUGUUAAAUUCGUCUAAACUAAGUCCUGAUUGGAUUUUGAGUUUCUGCAGUGUUCAAAAUAAAUGUAUGAUACCUGCUGUAUUGGAGCACAUUAGAAACCAGUUCUACUUGGCGUUUUACCCAGCAAUGACUACUGUGCUAAAAUUAACAGCUUUAUUAUGUUUUAAUUUUACACCCUCAUCACUCUACUGCGCUACGUUAUUACAGAAUAAAUAAAGCCUGUGUGUAAGACACGUUAACCACGCAUCGACAGUAGUCAUAAUUAGAAACCUAGCCCUCCGCAGGGCUAACGUUACGUCAGCAAGGGACAGUAACGCUAAUCUUAUUUAUUAGCGCUGAGAAGUCUACUGCUUUAAGAUGGCGGCAGCUUACUAACACCGCCAAGUCUGUCAUUUUACAUUUAGUUCAAUAUAAAUAAUAUCUAUGAGACGCAACAGCUGCUACCUGCUACCACCGUAGCAUCAGACUCUACCUGCUACCACCAUAGCAUCAUGCGUGCGUAGUUCCUUUACGCAAAAUUCAACGAUUCCUCAAGGUGAAUAAAAUUACUCGGAUCAGUUUUUUUAAACUCGAGAUGCUCGAGUAUUCGUUUCAGCUCUAAUCAUGACCAUUAAUGAAUGCUUAUGACAGAUAUCAUUUUGUGUCAUACGGCAAAUGAUCUCACUUUUGAAUGGAUGUAAAAGACCCUAGAUGGACAUGAAUGGAGUUAGUGACAUAAUUUGCCAGAUGACACUUAUUGACAAAUGUCAUAAGCAUUUAUUAAUGCCCAUGACAGUGUCAUGUCAUAAUUAUGAUUGUCUUAUGGCAAUCUUAUGGCGCCACUGUCAAAUUAAGUGUUACCAAAUACCUUAACUAGCAAUUAGUGAAACAACUGGAACAGUAACUGAAAAAAUAAUUAGCACAGAACAUGAAUUUUAAUUGUUAUUUACAUUUGUACCGCCGCAUUGCAUGCUAGGAGGCAUGUUGGACAACAACAGUGCUGACAGCAGAUGGCAGCAGAGGUUGACUGUCUCCCCUAAGAAAGCAGCGAGGGCCAAAUGAAGCUUCCUGAAGCAAUGAAGCUUUGCAGCCAAUUGGUUCAAAGCUUUAUGGUGGUUCAUUUGGUCUUAUAACAGUCUUAUGAUGCCCUGUCAAAGUGUUACCGGUUAAUAUCUUUUGGUGUAAAUAUCCCAUAAUUCGCUUUUAGUCCGAAAAUUAUGGUACUUUCCAGUUCUAAACACACUGACAAAAAAUACACUGCCACAUUUUAUCUUUUUUAUUUGAAUUAAAACAUUGUUUGGUUUUUUUCUCCACACGUACAGGUGAGCCACUUUUGUGUACUCUUAAUCUGUAGUUGCACAAUCAACAUUAAAGGGUCUUGUUUAAAAAAUACAAAUGAAGCGAGGAAGGCCUGGAAAUAAUACCCAGGUUAAAGCAAGGUCACGUGUCCUAAGGAUGUUUGUAUAUAUAUGUAAAUGAAUAGAGACAUGUGAACAGAAAUGUAUUCAUGUUCCCUGGGAAUGUGCAUUGUUUCCUCUGAAUAAUAACAAUUAAAAAAAAAAAAAAAAAAAAAAAGCUUGCAACCCCUCUACUGGAAGUGGAAGAUUGUUAGUUUGAUUCCCUCUCCCCUCCCUUUUUGGGACUGUCUGUGUUAUAUUGUGUUUUUGUCUGUCGUUUGUAUACAAAAAAAAAAGUGGUCCAAAAGAUUGUAAGUAAAUUCACAUUUUUUAUAUCAUGGACAAGCCACUGUCUGUGUUUGUACAUUGUAGUAUGUACAAUCAUUUCAUACUGCUCGGAAAAGUGUGUUUUCUUUUGUUUUGUUUUUGUUUGUUUUUUUUUAGCCUUGCAGAGCUGUAUGUAGUUAGACCAUGUGAGACCCUCAUAUUUAUCUAAUAAAUAUGUAUUCAGAUCA